UUUUUUUAGUUAAUCGGAACUGUGUUGGUGUUUAUACGGCAGUACAACAGGUGCGUCCUGGCGGACAACUUCAUAAGUGUGCAGCAGAAAGGAGAAGAGAGACUGUGCAAUUGCAGGGCUUGUUCAGAAAUGAAGAGGUCAUACCGAUUUUUGCUCUGCCUUUUGCUCAGUGGGGUCUGGAAAUUCGGGUCUAAAGCAGAUGUUUCUGGCUCUGAGGCUUUCAAAAACAACAUAACACUUUUCACAAGAAUCCUGGACCGCUUGUUGGAUGGCUAUGAUAACAGGUUGAGGCCUGGUCUUGGAGAUCGAGUAACAGAGGUAAAGACUGAUAUCUACGUGACAAGUUUUGGGCCGGUAUCAGAUACAGACAUGGAGUACACAGUUGACGUUUUCUUCCGUCAACGCUGGACAGAUGAGCGUCUGAAGUUCCAUGGGCCAAUGAACAUCCUGCGACUCAAUAACCUGAUGGCCAGUAAGAUCUGGACACCUGACACCUUCUUCCACAACGGCAAGAAGUCUGUGGCCCAUAACAUGACCAUGCCCAACAAAUUACUAAGGAUUAUGGAGAAUGGGACACUGCUCUACACUAUGAGGUUGACUGUGCAGGCAGAAUGUCCAAUGCAUCUGGAGGACUUUCCUAUGGAUUCUCAUUCAUGUCCACUAAAGUUUGGCAGCUAUGCAUAUACUAUGACAGAAGUGACCUAUGUCUGGACUCGAAAUGCCACGUCUUCAGUAGAAGUGGCUUCAGAUGGAUCAAGGUUGAACCAGUAUGAUUUAAGGGGGCAAACUGUUGACAAUAAAACAAUUAAAUCCAGCACUGGUGAAUAUACCGUAAUGACAGUUCAUUUCCAUUUGAAGAGGAAGAUUGGGUAUUUUGUGAUCCAGACUUACUUGCCCUGCAUCAUGACUGUCAUUUUGUCCCAGGUGUCUUUCUGGCUCAACCGUGAAUCAGUACCAGCUCGAACAGUUUUUGGUGUGACCACAGUACUCACUAUGACCACCCUGAGUAUCAGUGCCCGUAACUCUUUGCCAAAGGUAGCCUAUGCCACUGCCAUGGACUGGUUUAUUGCUGUCUGUUAUGCCUUCGUCUUUUCAGCCCUUAUUGAGUUUGCUACAGUCAACUACUUCACCAAACGUGGCUGGGCAUGGGAUGGCAAGACCAUCCUCAAUGACAAGAAAAAAGAAGGCUCUGUCCCGAAGAACAAUGCUUACGCAGUUGCUGUGGCUAACUACGCCCCCCACAUUGGUAAGGACUCAGCCCUGCCUUUUAUUUCCAAAAGCGCUCCAACUGAACCAGCCAAAGCCCAGCCAGCAGCUAAAGAAAGCAAGAAGACAUUUAAUAGUGUGAGCAAGAUUGAUCGUAUGUCCCGUAUCAUUUUCCCUGUGCUCUUUGGCAGUUUCAAUCUUGUCUAUUGGGCCACUUAUCUCAACAGAGAGCCCGUCAUCAAGAACAUGGUUUCCUCUCCAUAA